AUUUGUACUUCGAGAGUAUCUAUAAGCUAUAUAGUUUGAAUUGAUGUUUAUUUAUUGUAAUGAAUAAGGACAUUUACUUAUCAAACUAACGAUUUAAAAGGUAAUUGGGGAGCAAUUGGAAUCGAUUUCAAACAGGAUAUGUGAAGCCAGCUGUGUCUUGGGUCCUCACUUUAAAAACAAAUGAAAUGGCUGGCCGCAUAAGAUGGAGUCUUCAACGGUUGAUUCAGUCACGAAAUACAUCACAUUUUAGGUUUCCAAUCAAGACGAGAAACCAGUUCCACACACAAUGCAUUGGCCCGAACUACAGAAAAGUUCAACUUCUGCCUCUGACUGGACCCGCACAGUUCGUAGUGCGACACUUGUCCAUUCAGACACAGGACACACCAAACCCACGGAGCUUGAAGUUCAUCCCUGGUAAGCCUGUGUUGGGGGUGGGGACCCUGGAUUUCCCCUCUCCAAGCUCUGCAGAGUGCUCCUCCUUAGCCAGGGACCUGUUUGGAAUCGAAGGAGUGAAAAGUGUGUUCUAUGGUCCUGACUUCAUCACAGUGACCAAGGCAGAUGAUGAUGUGGAGUGGACGGACAUCAAGCACCAUGCCAUGGAUGCUAUCACUAAGUUCUUUGACAGUGGAGACCCCAUAACCACUGGGGUUACCCACCAUGAGAGCAGUCACUCUGAAGAUGAUGAUGAAAUUGUUUCAAUGAUAAAGGAGCUUCUAGAUACACGUAUCAGGCCCACGGUGAUGGAGGAUGGCGGUGAUGUCAUCUUCAAGGGCUUUGAGAACGGCACGGUGAAGCUGAAGCUGGUUGGCUCAUGCACCGGCUGCCCCAGCUCUACUGUCACUCUGAAGAAUGGCAUCCAGAACAUGCUGCAGUUCUACAUCCCUGAGGUGGAUGACGUAGAACAGGUGGAAGAUGAAGUGGAUCAUGUGAAUGCCAAGGUUUUCACAGAGUUGGAACGCAAGUUAGGAGACAUAUAAAACUUCUGUCAGCCCCCAUGCCUAUAGAUAAACAGCCUGUUGUAUAGAUGCCUUGCAAACCAGGUAGAUACUGCUUCCGCUACCUUAGUGCAAUGUUCAUGUUUUAAAAUAAUAUUCAGCAUUGCCCUUUCAAAAUACCAACUGUAGUGUGCUGUAGGCUGUUGUUUUUGUCUUUAAUUUACUCAAAUACUGUAUAUUACUGUUACAAUGAAGCCAGGCCACACACUGACACAUUUAUACUGUUUGUCUCUUCCAUUGUAAAGACCGAAAACUCUGAAGAUGGCAGUUAUGUUAUAUAUUUGAUAUUUAUUUCCUUGCAGGUUGAUUUACAAAUUUACUUCAUAUGUUUAAAAAAAUAUAUAUAUAUAUAUUCUGUGAUGGUUUGAGUUAAGGGAUAUGGUUUAUAUCUAUCCCUAGGCCAAGCAUGACCAAUUGUUUAUAUGAAAUGAUCACAAGAUAUUGCACAGUUAAAAUGACACAAUUAUUUAGCUGUAUAUGUUUCUUUGUGAAUGCAUUGUUCAGGAGUCUACACAUAGUAAUCACAUUAACACAUUUACAUUUAUGGCAUGGGCACAUGCUCAUUUAACAAAUGGUAUCAUAGAUAUGUCAACGGGAUGCGUGACAUAACGAGGAGCAUUAAUUCUGUUGCUUGGGUUUGUCUUCACUGGUGAUUUAGACACAUCACGAUUUUGUAGGUGUUGGCCUCUUUCACAUUUUGGAAGGAGAGGGGACAUUCAGCCCAUUUUGACUUGCAUUUAAAUUGCAGAGAGUGGAGCUCUUCGUUCCGAUUCUCGUUCUGUAUCUUCUCCUAAUACGUAUGGACCCAUAACUUAAUCGAGCAUCUGACCAAUUCCACAAUACUUUAGUUCUGGGUUAACCAAGAUUAAUUUAUAUUCAUCAUAUAGAUUGCAGUACAUCUACUCUUAAAGAAAGCUUUAUGUGAAAUACUGUGAUAAAUGUUGCGCAAUGAUUCAAGUUCUUUGAAUGGAUACUAUCACCCAUUCACUUGUAUAUGCAUUGCAAUUGUAACAGUUCCAGCUGCAAUCUCAUAUUGCUGAUACAGAAGUCUGAAUCAUACUAGUAUCACAAAGGAAAAUGUAAUGGUUAUUUUGUCCCAUUCUUGGAAUCAUCUCGUUGUAUUAUUAUAUUGCUCUUGUUUUCAGAAACCAAAACUUGUGGGAAUAACCUUUUGAUAUAGCUUUGCUGUCUUUAUUGAGUUGAUGUUGGAAACAAUCAGAUUUAUCAAAUAAAAUUUGAUUGAUCACAUAUA